AUGUGUGAAAUCCUGCUCUCAAAUUUGGCCACCGAUCUGGCACUGGACUACCAACGACAAAAGAAGAGACUCCUUUUGUACGACGCAAGGAAUAAUCCAGGCAGCGCGGAAACAUCGUCAGAAGCUGAAGGAGAUGCCUCCGGUGAGCUCAAAAGUAUCCUUAACUUUGUCAGGAUAGAAAUCGAGAGCAUGGAAGGUGUCAACAUGGUCGAUAAAAGGCAGGACGUUAAUGACGGACACAGCAAGGACGCAUACAAAGCAGAUCCACCACCAUCAGCGCAUGUACUCUACAAUGACACUAGGAAAAGGACUGAAGCAUGUGUCUUCUGCAGAUCAGGAGCUCACACCACAGUGAAGUCCAACAGUUCAAUACCGCUAGACGAACGCAAAAUGAAACUAGCAGAGGAACAGUGCUGCUUCAGAUGCACUAAAACCGGACACCGAUCACGCGAAUGUCGUUCCGGAAUUGUUUGUGCUACCUGCCACGGGAGACACGCGACUUCCCUAUGUGACCCAACUUGGACAAAAUCAACUGACAAUAACGAAGAUUCUGCAAGUGACACAAAGAGUACCGCUCAAGCUAACGUGCUAUCAUCAAACAUGGCUACACCGACAAACGGAAACGAAGUCAUGCUUCAAACAUCCAGGGCAUUUGGAGUCCACGAAGACAGGAGUGUCUACUUCCGCGGAGUUAUCGAUGGAGGCAACCAGAGAACCUUCAUUCGUGAAGAUCUCGCUAAACUACUCAAGCUGGACGUAAUUGGUACGAUAACGCUACGUCUGAACACGUUUGCCAACUCCAAAACUGCAAACAGCAAAAGAUACAACGUUGUCAAAGUGCGCGUGAAAAGCCAGCACACACUGGCAGAAGUAACACUUGAAGCCAUAGCCAUACCGUUCAUAUGCAAUCAUCUGAUUCAAACAGCUAUGGAGAACGAACCUGUGAAAGAAGUUCACGGCGACGGAGCUUUCCUAGCCGAUCAGAUUUUACCAUCAGCUUGUCCAACGAUCCACGGCAUUAGUUUCCUCCUCGGCUCUGAUAAAAUGUGGAAACUACUUACCGGCCAUGUGCGAAAAUCUCAAACGAACGACAGCCUAGCAGCCAUCGAAACUACAUUUGGAUGGGCAUUCCAGGGCCCAUUAUCUACAAGAGCUGCCGUGCGGCAAAACGCCAACCUUGUCGUUCGUGUGCUGAGGGUGGACACAGCUGAAACGUGCCGAACAAGGUUUGAGGAUCUAGAAACUAUCGCCAUCACAGACGACCCUAAAUCUCCAACUGAAAUUGGUGCUGAAGUGAUGAGGCAUUUCACGGAUAGCCUCAAACGCAAUGAAGACCGUUACAUUGUGUCCCUGCCAUGUAAUGAACAACACGAGAAACUUCAUGACAGCCAGAGCUGGUCAUAUUGCUCGGAUUCACAAACCCCAGCUGACGUGCUAACGCGCUUUACAACAAUUGAGAACAUAUCUCACAGUAAUCUGUGGCUCAGGGGACCGGAACGGCUUGCGUCAACGCAGCUCAAAUUUUCACCUCAGACUUUGCAAACGGACGACGCAACAUCCGAGGCGAUUUACAAAGCAGUCGAAGAGGAACGACAGAUCACAAAAUCAGUGGCUGUCCACUUCGUCCCUAGGAAAACAUCUCUUCUAGGAAACGAACGAGCCAGCAAGCCACAAAGGCUCAUCCGUGUCACCGCAUGGGUUCGAAGAUUCACGCCGAAGUACCGCAACGCAGCCGGCUACAGGAGACGAGGCCCUUUGGACACGUCUGAGUAUUGGAAAAAACGGGCUCAACAUGAGGCAUAUCUUAAGGUCAUUAUGGUGGUUCGUGAAAAUUCUAUAAACAAGUACAAGACAUCGUCACUUGGUCGGCGACUCGAGGGAAGACGGCACUUUUCAUCACGCUAG